AUGGCGGCGCCCGUCCUGAGAGUGUCCACCCCUCGAUGGGAAAGAAUAGUCAGGCUCCUUGUUUGUCUCUUGGGCAUAUUGUUGUCCUUAUACGCCUUUCAUGUGGAAACUGAAAAGUCUAGAGACUCCAAUUAUCGGGCAAUGUGCAACGUGAGCUAUUCUAUCAGCUGUUCAAAAGUCUUCACCUCCAGGUGGGGUCGAGGAUUUGGACUGUUGGGCUCGAUCUUCGGAAAAGACAGUGCAAUGAACCAGCCAAACAGUGUGUACGGAAUCGUAUUUUAUGUCUUUCAACUGUUACUAGGAAUCACCGUGAGUGCGAUGACUGCUCUGAUCCUCAUGAUGACGUCCAUCCUAUCGGUGAGGGGCUCUCUCUACCUGGGCUACAUCCUCUACUUUGUCCUCAAGGACUUCUGCGUCAUCUGCAUCACCACAUAUGCACUGAACUUCAUUCUCUUUAUGCUCAACUACAAGCGACUGGUUUACUUGAACGAGGCCUGGAAGCAGCAGCUGCCGGUCAAACAGGACUAAG